AUGCAAAUGCAUCGUUCCUCAUCGUACACGAGUUCAGAAUAUAGCGUUGCCAGCUCAAAUAGCUCAUAUCUGAGUAAGCCACUUUCUAAUGAUUACAUAAAGACACACAAAAAUAUAACGUUUUCCUUUGCGGAGAAUGCGAAUACCUUUCAGCAAGGAAGUCUCGGUGAUACCGACACGUAUCUGACUGGCACGGUUCACCUGAAUUAUCAAAAGGCGUGUGCAGUAAAGAACAUCUUUCUUCAGUUCAAGGGAGUUGAAAAAACUUCUUGGUACAAAGCUCAGGCGAGGUCCAAGGUUGUGUAUACCGGAGAACGAACGUUAAUAAAUCAAACAAAUAAGAUAUGGGAGGCUUUCGAAGAGACCGAAGAGGUCACUAUUUUGGAUAUACCGUUUAAAAUACAACUUCCGCGUAAUCUUCCGGAGACGAUAGUCACCGAGAUAGGAAGUGUCCGAUAUGUACUUCGUGCUACCGUUAACACGAAAGGGUUGUUAGGCACAAAUUCACACAUAGCAAAAAUAUAUUGCCCUCUUAAGCAUACCUUAUUACUGGAUCGCACGUUGUCUUCGCCAUACAAGAUAUGCGGUGAAUCGAUGGAUGGAAUCGAAUACACCUUCUUAUUACCGCCCCAUAAAAACUUUAAUUUGGGCAGUCACGUGACGAUACCCAUGAUUCUACGGUUUUUACGCUCAGGUGUUGUGAUCGAAAGGAUAGAAAUAACGUUAAGGACUUUGAUGGAUUUUUCAUGUUCACAGAACGAGGUAGAGCACGUCGAACAACAGGUGAUAAGCAUCGUGAUUCCGCAUAUGGAGAUACGGCACGUGCAAUUAAACGAUCCACGAUAUCCUUUCGGAGGAUGCACUCAAAAUAUAAACUUAUUCAUCCCGGAUAAAACAAAAACAACCUAUUCCGGAAAAUUCAUCAAUAUUUCGCAUCAACUACACAUCAAGUUUUUCAUGUGGGGAUCAGAAAGCGAUUUCUGUGUGGAAGAAUACGUCAAGGUAGCUCAUGUAUCGGAGGUAAACGGCGAGACGUCCACCCUGCAACCUCCAUUUCUAUCACCAGACGCCGCUUACAAGAUAAAGAAGGUGAUUGUGAGUGAUCAGGUCAGAGUACAAGAGCAGCCUUCGGUAACACACGAACCCAUCGAGAAAAUAAGAUCAGUCAUAGGAUGCGCACUUGAGUAUGAUACCGAGUAUAGACGCACGGUUGCUCCAUUUGACAAUAGAUUCAAUGAGGAAUAUGAUACGAUUUCGCAACCACAAUCGCUAUUUGGCGAUAUCCUAAGCAAAGAUUUUACGUCGGACACUUUUGCCAACAUCCAAACGCCACUUUCGCCGCCGCCGUAUCGUCGGCUUUUGACUCGUCAACCGUCCACUGGUAGUACAUAUUCUUAA